AUGGCGCCGCCCCUCAGUAAAGGAGCGGUGCCCAAACCCAAAAGAGGACGCGGCCGCCCGCCAACGACCGGACAAUAUGUCGGCUUGGCGAAGGCACAGGCCGAUCUGAAUAGGGAAAAGGAGGAGGCCCUUCGACUCCAGGCAGAGGAGGAGGUAGCCGAGGCGGCCAGGGCAGCGCGAGAGACGCGUUCUUCGCUCCUUGCGAGCCCCGCCGCCAUGGAAGAAGACAGGCCAGAGCAGACCAACUACGCUCUGGCCCAAUGUGUUGAGACUUCGCUGGGAACGAUCUCCAUGGUCGCAGCGAAGUCGAAUAACCUCAAGGGGACGUUCCAGCGGCUCCUCAAGGAGGCGGUCAGCGACAUACGCGCCACCGUCGCUGAAAUGAGAAGUCGCGGAGCGACCGAAGAGAUGAAGGCCCUCGAGGCUCAGAAUGCGCGGCUCCAGAAUGAAGUGGAGUCUUUGCGCAAAGAGUUAGAGGAGCUACGCCGUCAGGUGUUGAAGCCGGCCGAGCAGGAUAUGCGCCAGCUGUUGUCUGAAGUCUCUCGAUCUAACGUGGAGACCUUCAGCAACAUGCUGAACGCUCGGCUGGCCGGACUGGAGAGUCGGCUCCUUCCAGAGCCUCGACUGCGCCCUCCGCUCGCGGCGGACAGAGCCCGGAGUAUUACGCCGGCUCCCGUCGAGAGUGUAGAGGCUCCACCGGAUGUGACGCCGGAGCCCCCGAAGCAGAAGGCCAAGGGGAAGCCGGCCCCAAGGAAGACACGGCAGCCAGCCGCCGCAGCGGCCCCGCAAGAGGCCACUCCCGCGCCCAAGGCGCCCAAGGCCAAAAAGGGCCGGAAAAAGAAGCGGCCGUCGAUGGCCGCUCUGGAAGCGACACAAGGGGGAGCGAACACCAGCUCCCCUCGUACUGAGGCCCCGUGGACCACGGUAGGUCCAAAGGGCAAGAAGAAGAAAGGGGCGGCUACAAUACCUACAGCCGCCCCGAAGAAAAAGGGAAAGCCAAGGCUUCGCGUCCCCGCCACUGCGGCUGUCGCUCUCACAAUAGAAGAGUCGGCCGUGAAGGCGGAAGACAAGGCCCCGACCAAAAAGGCUCGACACAAAAAGUCGAGACCUAAAGGCGCGCGGGCCCCGCCCGCUCCCGCCCGAAUGGAGACGGACGCCUAG